AUGCCUGAGAAAUUAACCAAUGCAACCCUAAUACUCGUAGACUUUUUGCUCAUGGGAUUCCCUGAUGACCAAGUGCUACAGAGACUCUGGACAGUUCUCUUCUUCCUGAUUUACAUGGCAGCCCUGAUGGGGAAUCUCCUCAUUAUCACCCUCACCACCAUUGACCAGCAUCUCCAAUCCCCCAUGUAUUUCUUUCUGAAGAAUUUGUCCUUGAUCGAUAUCUGUUACAUCUCUGUCACAGUCCCCAAAUCCAUCAUGAACUCUCUGAACAACAGCCAUUCCAUCUCCUUCAUAGGAUGUGCUUCACAAGUAUUCCUUGUUAUUUUUUUCGCUGGCACAGAGUUCGCCCUCCUUCUAGUGAUGUCCUAUGACCGCUAUGGUGCCAUCUGCCACCCUCUGCACUACGAGGCCAUCAUGAAUAGAGGCACCUGUGUGCAGAUGGUGACUGCCUCAUGGCUCAGUGGGUGUCUCUAUGGAUCUCUUCAUGUUGCAGGUAUGUUCUCUGUCCAUUUCUGUGGGCCAAACAUAGUGCAUCAGUUCUUCUGUGAUAUUCCAUCUUUGCUGACACUUGCUUGUUCUGGGGAGCAAGUUUUAGAAUAUGUGUUUAUUAUUGCUAGUUGUUGUUUUGCUUUUGUAUGUUUCAUUUUAAUGGUUGUUUCCUAUGUUUAUAUUUUCUCCACUGUCCUAAAAAUUCCUUCUGCAAAAGGAAGACUGAGAACCUUUUACACCUGCAUGCCCCAUCUCACUGUGGUGACCUUGUUCCUCUCUUCUGGAUUUAUUGCAUAUUUAGGUUCAGUUUCCAAAUCUCUAUCAUCACUAAACCUCUUUAUGACUGUGUUAUAUUCUCUGUUACCUCCCAGCCUGAAUCCUGUCAUUUACAGCCUCAGAAACAGGGACAUGAAGGUGGCCAUUGGCAAUUUUUUGGUGAAAAAAUGA